AUGGUCCGCUUCAAGAACCGCUACCUUCUCGUCCAAAUCCACUUCGACGACCAGCCGCAAACAAGCUGGUCCAACGCCAAAACAGCCGACACUUCCUUUGACGGGCGAACACUCCACUACGCCCUGAAAGACAGCCUCCUAACGAAUUUCGGCGACCACGGCGCAGGAAAGACAGCAGCCUCCACCAACGUAAAAUACUACUCGCCGCAUACCACCACCGGGAUCGUGCGGUGCGCUCGUGAUGAUCUAAGUUUUGUCUGGGCUGCGUUAACGUUGAUGUCGAAAGUGAAGGGGCCUGGGAAUAAGACCUAUAGUGUUACUGUUAGGGUUAUGCAUGUUUCGGGGACUAUCAAGUCUGCGCAGACAAAGGCUAUCAAGUUUGAUACGGAGCUGAUAAGGGAUAUGGUGACCACGGGUGUUCUGCCAGUGGCAGAGUCGCAGGAGCUGAUGACGAGGGUGAAAAAGGAAAUCGAGGCUUUGGAAAUGUAG